ACUUUCCCAUUUGACCAUUAUACUCAUCUCUCUCUCUUUCUCUCUCUCUCUCUCUCUCAUGGAAGAUGAUGAUCAAGCAUGCAACACAAGGCUCAACCUUGGACUUGGGUUGGGUGAUCAAAAUUGUCCGAGGAAGGAGAGGGAUAUUGAUCGGAAAAAGGAAAAGCCUCUGGUUUGCUUGGACUUAACGUUUGCGCUACGGCCAAAAGAGGAAGCAGUUAACGUGGAUGAUCAUGAGAUCAGCGCAGACCCAUCAACGCUCAAAGUGAAUAUCGACGGUUACGAGGAUCAUCAGUACCUGAAUAAGGAAAAUAAGUCCAGUAAAAACCACCACAAGAAGGAAGGUGGUGGUGGUGGGAGAAAGAAACUCCGGCUCACAAAAGAGCAAUCCAUCUUGCUUGAAGACAGCUUCAAACUUCAUAGCACCCUUAAUCCGGCACAGAAACAGACACUGGCCGAGCAAUUGAAACUGAAGCCGAGACAAGUGGAGGUUUGGUUCCAAAAUAAAAGAGCAAGAACCAAGUUGAAGCAAACAGAAGUAGACUGUGAAUUCUUGAAGAAAUGCUGUGAAAGUCUUGGCGACGAGAAUAGAAGAUUGAAGAAAGAAUUGCAGGAGCUCCGAUCGCUAAAAGUUGGACAAUCACCUUUGUAUAUUCAACUCCAAAAGGCUGCGACUCUUAGAAUGUGCCCGUCGUGCGAGAAAAAUAUCCUCAAAGCUAAUGAUCAAGCUGGGAAGAACGCGGACGUCUUAGAUGUGGUCCGGAAGAACAAGAAAUUGCAGAGCGGGUUUGGUGCUGCUGCUGCUGCUGCAAACUAAAGAUCAGAUUCAAGCUAAUUGAUUCAUACCCAUAUAUAGGUGCAAGUUUAACAACAACAACAACACUCAUGAUCAAUGCAUCCAACCAUUUGUCAGAUUGAACCCCAAAAUAAAUGUUGAAUUGUUAUGGGGUUGUCCCAAGUCCUCUCCACAGCUGCCUAGAAACUAGAGGUAGAUUAUAAUAAAUUGUUUAAUUUUUAACACAUGGUCAGACACAAUAUUCUUCACUCAAAUUGAUUUGACAUGAAACUUGAUGAACUUUUAUUUCCAAA